CUCCCAUCAAACGCUGCAUACCCACCCGCACACGGACGAAUCAGUGGAUCCUCGAACUUUAUAGGAUCGAGAUCAAGAUCUUUGAUCCAUUCCAAGAAUCUGAUGAAUCAAGGAAACAAUUGUGCAGCUUGUGCUCGUGAACUCGCGGGUAGAAGAGAAGAUAGCCGUGAAAAGAAUCAAAACCCGAGGUAAACAAGUCGGAACCAUUCACUUCGCUGUUCUUGCUAUCUUUGGUUCACAAGAAGAGAUCGAAAUGAAGAGGCUCAGAAGCUCCGAUUCGUUUGAAGCGGAAGAAAGGGGCAAGUUUGAGGAGUGCGAGGAGGAUCUUGCCGGCAUCAAUGAGGCGGAGCCGGCGUUGGGGGAGAAGAAACGGCGGCUUAGCGCUGAGCAGGUGAAGGCCCUGGAGAAGAACUUCGAGGUGGAGAACAAGCUGGAGCCGGAAAGGAAGGAAAGGCUAGCGCAGGACCUAGGCCUGCAACCGCGCCAGGUGGCCGUGUGGUUUCAGAACCGCCGCGCGCGGUGGAAGACGAAGCAGAUGGAGCGCGACUACGCCGCCCUCAGCGCCCGCCACGACGCCCUCAAGCUCGACUGCAACGCCCUCCACCGCGUCAAGGAGGCGCUCCUCGCAGAGAUAAGAGAGCUCAAAGGCAAGAUUGCGGAACGCUCUGAGAUGAAAGCAGUGGAGGAAGAAGGAAUGCCUGCUUUGAUCUACACCAAGGACGGGGCCUCCGACAGCGACACGAGCGCGGUGUUGAACGAUGAAGCAGGCCCAUAUGCUGUCGCCGUGGUGUUGAACGACCAACAGCGACACUGUUUGAUGGAAUUCAAGUCUCAGAACACUUCUUCAAUGCGCUUGGGGAAUGAGGAGGAGAAUAACUGCUGCUACUUGGAGGAGGAAUUCAUGGGGGAGGAGCUCUGCAGCAGCUUCUUCUCCGAGGAGCCAGCUGCGAGCCUCCCCUGGUAUUGCUCCCAAGGAUGGGAGUAAUUAAGAAGUCUGACUUCAAGUCGUCGUCUUUUGUAAAGGUGAUAAAUAUUAGCUUCCUGCUUUGGUUGCGGAGACGAUUUGGGCAAAGGGAAUCUUGAUCGCUAGCAAUUGCAUGAUGGAAGGCUACACAAAGCGUCUUGUAAUCAAUGUUUAAUAUAUUCUUCGAAAUUUGUAGGCUUAAAUAAGAGGCAGGCUUCUUAUGGGUA